AUGGGUCUGGACUCUGCGGGGAAGUCGACUCUUCUGGCUCGACUGCUCACAGGACAGGUGAUGGACACGUCACCGACCAUUGGAUUCAACGUGGGAACAUUGGACCUGGACAAGAAGACGUCUCUGACCGUGUGGGACAUCGGAGGACAGAAGAGCAUGAGACCAAACUGGAGGUUCUACCUGGACGACUGUAAGGCGCUGGUCUUUGUGGUCGACAGCAGCGACCCCGGGCGGAUGUCAGAGGCUCAGAAAACUCUGAAGAAGAUUCUGAGUGAGGAGACGUUGCGAGGAGUUCCUCUCAUGGUUCUGGCCAAUAAGAAAGAUCUGCCCAACUCCAUGACGAUACGAGAGAUCUCCAACCAGCUUGAUCUCCGCAGUUACACCGAGCGCUCAUGGGAGAUUCAGGCCUGCAGCGCUCUGAAGGGACUCGGCCUCCAGCAGGCGUUUCUGUCCAUCAAUAAACUGAUCAAGAAGAGCUGA